UCAGCCAAUCACAAGGCGUGUAACUUGAGGUGACGGCAGUUUGAGUGCCCAAAGCCACGAAGACUUGGGUCAACGUUUAAUGUAGCAAAAAGUCAUGUCACAGCCAUGCCUGGAUUAAACAAACUUGAUCCUCCUCCUCCCGCCAACUCAAAGUUGCCAGGAGUCGCUACGACGUUACUUUACAAUGGUUCCAGAUUCAGCGGUCACCAAAAGAGUAAAGGAAACUGUUACGAUGUAGAGGUCGUGUUACAGGUAAAGCAUGUGGACUAUGAAAAUGCCUAUCUGUGUGGCUACUUGCGCAUCAAGGGUCUUACAGAAGAAUACCCAACUCUCACCACAUUUUUUGAUGGGGAGAUUAUCAGCAAGAAACAUCCAUUUCUGACUCGCAAGUGGGAUGCUGAUGAAGAUGUUGAUAGAAAGCAUUGGGGCAAGUUUCUCUCAUUUUAUCAGUUUGCCAAAACCUUCAAUUCAGACAGCUUUGACUAUGAUGAGCUCAAUGAUACAGACUAUGUCUUCAUGAGAUGGAAGGAGCAUUUUUUGGUGCCUGACCACACCAUCAAAGACAUCAGUGGAGCAUCUUUUGCAGGUUUCUACUAUAUAUGCUUCCAAAAAUCCACAGCUUCCAUUGAAGGCUACUACUACCACAGGAGUUCUGAAUGGUACCAGUCCCUCAACUUGACUCAUGUUCCUGAUCGAAGCAUACCUGUCUACGAGUUUCGAUAAUCUUCUGGCUCCCAUUGCAUGACAAAAGUCCAUUUUCCAUUAAAUUGCCUCCACAGAAAAUUAUCUGCAGUGUAUUCAUAUUAAAGUACUACAUAUUUAUUGAAUGAGAAAACCUGUUGAUCCCCUCCUCCAUCCAAACUUGUCUACUUCUAGCGCACACUUGGUAAUAAAAUGAUGAAGCUAGUCCCUGGAUCCUGUAGCUGAUUGCCUUAUUGGAGGUCUCCUUUGCAGAGAAAUGCUGACUUUGAUGGUAUAGUGAUGCAUUUUUUUGUGAGUAUACUGAAACAGAUUUAAGGGCAGACUACAUUUGACAUAGCCUCUCCCCACCAAUUCUAUAAACUAUCAUAGUUCCUUUUUAACUUUUUUCAUAAUUUUCCUGUAUGAUUUGCAAUGUUGACAUACCCACCCCUACUUUUGCGUGAGUAAAUUUUGUAUAUUUACAUGUUUACAAAACAUGCAGUAUAAAAUGCUGACUUCUGUACCAUUAUAACACAUAAACACAAGUAUUCAGGUGUAGACUAAUUGCAGGUUGAAUCGUUGCAUUGCAGUAUGCCUAAUAUUAAUUUUUAAAAUAUGCAUAAAAAUGUCCUUGUAUUUAUAUCUUGCUUCCACUUUUCUAGUGAUCUACUCUAUCAGUCCAAGAGGUUAGGAGUGCUUUCAAUCCUUUUUUUAACCACUGAUAACAGUUUUUGUAGCAUGGUACUACGGUCAAUGCCAGGCUCAUUGCUCUUUACAAAUACAAGGAAAAAACCAAGAGACAAAUCCUGUGUCUAUUUCUUUAAAAUUAAUGGAAUGCCAGGGUUGCUGUUCUGCUGGAUGACAUCCUGAUUAUAAAUCAAAAUAUUGCCACAGAUUCAAUACAGAACUUUUUUUAACAGUUAUAAGAAUUUGUGCAACAUAAGCAAUGCACUUUCCCCUUGAAGUCCUGGUGGCAAUGUUUAAAAUAUUUUCAUUAGUAUUUACUCCUUUUUCAGUUCUUGCACAUUUAAUUUUUUCUGCAUAUAGUCUGUACAGAUUUUAUACAAAUAAAGUGAAUGAUGUCAGCUGUGAAACAGUUUUGCAUAAUAAAGUGGAGGGGAAUGUGACACUUGGAGUAGAUGAAUGUGGAGUACUAUAUCUUGAACUGAAACAGUACUGUUGCUGUAAUAGUUUUGUAAAGACUUUGUUAUUGUAAAGACAGUUUAAAUGCAAUAGAAAAAAAAAAAUCAGGUU